CGUUGUCAACAAAAUACAGUGGAAGUCCUUGACAUUUGCAAAUUCAACACUUAAAAUUUUUUUAUUACGUUAGGCCCAUUGUAAAUGGUGGAGGGAGGACCCAGGACAAUGGCAGCUGCUCAUGAUCUGGAGAUGGAUAGUAUGAAUCUGAAUACAGUGAGAGAGAUAAAAGUAGAGCUGGAGGAAGAGGAGAAAAUGAGAGAGGAUGUGGGAGGUAAAGUUCCCUCCAAGAAUAAAAAGGUGCACAGAAUUGUCUCAAAAUGGAUGCUUCCUGAAGAGGCCCAAGGAACAUACUUGGAUCGAGCUAAUUGCCUCCCACCCCCUAUCUUCAUCAUCACCAUCAGCCUUGCAGAGCUGGCAGUGUUUAUAUACUAUGCCGUGUGGAAGCCUCAGAAGCAGUGGAUCACCUUGGACGCUGGCAUCUUGGAGAGUCCCUUUACCUACCGUCCCGACAAGAGGGAAGAAGCCUGGAGGUUCAUCUCGUACAUGCUGGUGCAUGCUGGAGUUCAGCAUAUCCUGGGGAAUCUUGUUAUGCAGCUCAUUUUGGGUAUUCCCUUGGAAAUGGUCCACAAAGGCCAUCGAGUGGGGCUCGUGUACCUGGCAGGAGUGAUUGCAGGAUCUCUUGCCAGCUCCAUCUUUGAUCCACUCAAAUUUCUUGUUGGUGCUUCAGGAGGAGUCUAUGCUCUGAUGGGAGGCUACUUUAUGAAUGUUCUAGUGAAUUUUCGAGAAAUGAUUCCUGCCUUUGGAAUUGCCAGACUACUGAUCAUCAUCCUUAUAAUUGCGUCAGACAUGGGAUUUGCUGUCUACAGAAGGUUCUUUGUCCCUGCAAACGGACCGCUGGUGUCUUUUGUAGCUCACAUUGCAGGUGGAUUCGCUGGCAUGUCCAUAGGUUACACUGUGUUUAGCUGCUUUGAUAAGGCACUGCUGAAAGAUCCAAGGUUUUGGAUAGCAAUUGUUGCUUAUUUAGUUUGUGCCUUAUUUGCUGUGUUUUUUAACAUUUUCCUGUCACCAGCAAACUGACCUGCCUCUAAUAAAAGCCAAUGAAUAAAAAGAGCCACCUGAAAAAAAAAUGGAGAACUCUAUGAAGAAACAGAGACCUUCCAGCAAAAUAUCAAUUAACUCACAAGUUGCAAGCAGUGCUUGCAAAAUGACUUAAGGUUUAAGGAGGGGGCUUUUGAACAUAAAGGGAGGGAAGAGGAAGAGAGAAAAGGGGAGUGAAGUUCAAACCAGAGAUUGGGUCUUUCCCAGGCAUACUGUAUGCAUGUGCAUGUAUCUUAUAAAAGAGACUCUUGCUUUCCUUAGGGGAAUAUUCUAGAGAUUGAUUGAUGGAAUCCAUGAAUAUUGUAAUAUGCUGACAAUAAAAACU